UUCUUUUCGAGCUUGCCAACAAUGGGCACAAUGGGCGCGCGAAGGAAACAUCGAAAAGGCGCGUACGGUGAAUAGUGGAGUGAAUAACGAAGAUUGAAAGCGUUCGAAUUUACGAACGUGAUUUCGAAUUGCGAGCAUCUCAUCGUGCGUAUGACGUUGGUAUCGGAGGCAGCUAGUGAGCGCGCGUUAUACCGAAAGCGGUGUAAACAGAGGUUUCGCAUGCUCGCACCUCGAGGCAAAACAAACCGAUCACGGCCCACAUAGUUGGUCGACAUACGAUUGGAUUGAAGUUUAAUCGCUUUAACCGGAAUGGAUUCAUCUUCCCCCGAGUCGUCAGUGAAUAUAGAGAUUAUGGAGGACGAGUUGCUCGAUGAAGUGCUGUGUAUGAACGAUGUCGUCGAGCCUAAGCAAAACGGCACGAAAAAGGAGGGCGACUCGAAGAGCAGCGCUUGGUAUGAGGACACGGAAAAUUCGCAGGAUGGUCACAGGAACGAAAAGAACCACGAGAGUUCGAGUGCGCAGUGCGACGAUGCCCGGACAAAGCAGAAAGGUGGCCUGAACAAUAUUAAGUAUAUAGAGUAUAAAGAUAAUGUGAGGAACAAGCUGGAGGAUUUGCACACUUUGCGCAAGAGAACGAGGCAGGACAAUACGGAUUACGAGCAUGCCAAGGUUUCUCGCAACAGACGUUACUCCAGCGAUUCUAGCACUACUACAAAUUCAUCGGAGAACGAAAGAAGGCAUAUAGAGUAUGAAACCGAUCCAGUUGUGCUGGCACGUAGGCAAAAAGAGAUCGAUUAUGGAAAGAACACUAUCGGAUACGAUAGAUAUAUCCAUCUAAUUCCUAAAGAGCAGCGUACGCGAGAACAUCCAAGAACACCGCCAAAAUCUAUAAAAUACAGCAGAAGAGGCUGGGAUGGUAUGGUGAAGUUGUGGCGAAAACAACUUCAUUCUUGGGAUCCUCCUCAAGAGAAUGACAAGACUGAUUAGGCUAAAGUCAUUUUGUCAUUCCGUACGAAGUACUGCCAAUAUCAUUUUCUUUAAUUUAUAUUGCAAUCGUGUUAUUUUAAUGCUUCCUAUUCUUUUUGUUGCACAUUGCAUCUAGCUUUUGAAACAAUUUUAAGAUAUAUUUAUAAGUAUAUAAACAAUCAUAAAAUAUAGAAAUAAAGUGAUAUUUCUGUUCUA